GAGUGGUGUUUUAUCGGGAAAUUUCAUUGAAAUAAUUAAUAUAAGCGAACCAUGACUUCGACUAUAGUAGUACAUUAUAGAGCAUUUACAAAAAUGGCUGCUUGAACGUGUUCGCGUUAUCGGUUGUAUUCCGUGGAAGAUUAACGAUAAUGUAUGAUAUGUUAUGAAAUUUACUAUAUCUAAUAACCAACAUGACUUCUGAAAGAAUGGAGUGGGUGGAAAUUAUUGAACCAAGAACGAAGGAACAUAUGUAUGCCAAUUUGACCACAGGGGAGUGUGUUUGGGACCCUCCUCCUGGUGUUCCUGUAAAAAAGACUGACAACAAUCAGUGGUGGGAACUUUUUGAUCAAAACACCUCUCGCUUCUAUUAUUAUAAUGCUACCUCUCAAAAGACGGUUUGGCAUCGGCCUCAGAACUGUGACAUUAUACCACUUGCAAAACUUCAGGGAUCAAAACCUGAAACAAGACAUUCAUCUCGUUCUCACCAUAGUGCAGUUGGCUUCUCAGUAACAUCAGAAACUCAAACAUCCCCUGUCGGUUCUCCUCGUACAAGCCGCCGAAGCCAUCACCAUCACCACCGGCAUCACCAUGCCCGAGAAGAACAGGAAAGUGGUCAGGGUGAUGGCGCUCGGCAGCGGUCACGAAGAGGAAGUCAGGGAAGCGGCUCUUGGUAUACACGAACCACUCACUCUCAAGAUUCAGGAAGGUCAAGUGACUCCAGUUCAGUUUCUCAUAGUAGGACAUCAUUGGAAUCUGGAUACAGGUUACUUGAAUCACCUCAUCACCAUCAUCACCACCAUCACCAUCAUGGUCAUCGUCAUGGAAAUAACCAUGCGGCAGGCCUUUCCCCCCCUCUCCCGCACUCAUCAGCAGAACACCGCCAUCGGGAUCAAGCUGGGGGUUUAACCCUCUCGACUAGCACCCCUUUGUUCAAGAAGAAGCCCCUUGGCGAGGCCAACUCCCAGAUCCCUCAUUUAACACAACAACAACGUAGCAGUCUUGAUAAAUAUGGUCUUUUGUCGGUACCAUCUGGUCAUUCCCGGAGGGACCAAGCAGGGUCACUUGCCAAACAACAUAGUUUUGAUGUGAUGGAAAGUAAUGCUUCAUUUUUGGAAAAUCGCUCAAGACAACAGAAGUGCCAUCAACAGGUUGUUGCACAGCAGCAACCACAACCCCCACAGCAAUCUCCUGUGCCAGCUCCCUUGUCCCGUAGUUAUAGUUUUAUGCAGAGACGAGAUAAGUACCAGCAAUAUCAAGAUGAGGAUGAUUCAAUGCACGAGAAGUAUUUUAUGGGCACUAGUAGUAGUGGGGGUGGGAGUUCAGGUAUGCGAUCAGUGGAGUCCACUCCACAAACAAGGAGGAAAUACAAUGGAAAUCCUACAAAUAACCUAAGUGGAAAUUGGCCAGUGUCUGGCAAUGCAUCUGGUGGGCCAGUGACAUCAAAGGGUCAUCUUGAUUCACAACCCAAAGAUGAACAGCUAGAAAUGACACCGCCACUUUCACAUCGAAAAACCAAGUCCGAUUUAAGAUUCUAUGAACAAGCGAAUAUUGCACAGCAACACAUGAAGAAACCUACUUCUAAAUUUACUGGAGAGAGACCUGUUCUCUUGGCUAGUUCAUCUGUUAAGACUCUAAGCAAUGAUGAAAACUCAACCAGUGAAGAUCCUACGUCUAGUCCUUCCCCUUCAUCACCAACUACAACUUCACCAUCUAGUCCCACUGCGGUGAAUUGCAGUAAAAAGCUACUUCCUAAUAUUUUUGCAUCUGUUGAACCUCCACAAUUGAAGGGGUCUUUCCCCGAAGAAAAUCCAAAAAGUACUUUGAUAUAUGAUGACUUAAUUUCAUCUCUUGUGCCAUUGGACCAUGGUAUUUCACCACAAGCAUCUCAAACAACGCGGGAGAGUUUGUUGUCUAAAAAUGCAGGUUACAACAAUGGGAACAUGUCUUCAUCAAAAUAUAAUAGUUUGACUACUGUAGAUAAUAAUAAAGGUAGACACUUGCAGACAAGUGGACCGUUAUACAGCAACAUUGAUUAUCCAUAUCUUCUUGAUCCUGAGACGCAGGCUCAUCUCCUUCCUCUCCAGCAGUAUAUUCUAGAACAAGCCAAACUUUCUGGUUGCUACCGCUUUGGUGAUCCUCUUAAUGAAGAAGCUGACUCCUUACAUUCAGACGAUGAAGACCAGUCCACAGGGCGAGGCGAGGAUGACAGUGAUGAGUUUGCUGAUGAUGAAGGCAUGUCCAAUCAGGAGGAUUCGAGUUCUCAGGAGUAUUUAGAUGAUAGUAAUUAUCUUGAUGAUGAAGAAAGCCAGCAGUAUUUGGGUACUCACUCACAAAUGAGAUUGCGCACCAAAUAUCCAGAGUGCAGAAAUAGUGCUGAUUAUGUUGACUAUUACAACACCAAUUUAUCAAGUGCUCCAACGAGCUUGCAGCAACAUCAGCAGGCUAGUCAGGCCAGAAGUGGAGGCAGUAUGAUCAUAGGAUCAAUGUCAGGCUCUCAUCUGACGGGUGGCCCAUUGGGCAGUGGGCUCCAACACCCUAGCCUUGCCAUGCCGAACAGUGCCACCCUGCCCCUGGAGACGCAGCAUGCCUCACUUAAGCGCAAGAAGGAAGCACCCCCGCCUCCACCUUUGUACUCCCCCAUUGUUGAAAAGUCAGAGCUACGAUUAUCCACCUCCCCCCAAACCCUCCCUGUGGCUGUUCCUUUGUAUCAACACAAUAAAUGUGUUAGUAACAAUGGCAGUAGCAAUACCUAUCGACCCCUCUCCCUGCCAGCACCAGCCCGCAUGGACCCCGAGCACGGAGGCACCGACGCCAGCAUGGUAGCCGGUUCACUUCAGUUACCACGUGUUGUCUUGACUCGGGAUAAAAAACUGCCUUCAGAAAGUGACAUUGAAAAGUAUGCACAGGAUAAUCUUAAUAUCCAUAAAAAAGGAAUAUUUCGUAAAAAGUUUUCUGUGCGAGAUAUGCUGUCAUGGUCAAAAGAUCCUAUACGCAAACCUAUGUUGGUUGUAUCAGACAAAGCACUGAAGAAGGAGGCCUGUGAACUUUUCAAGUUGGUCCAGAUUUAUAUGAGUGAUCGUAAAGCAAAGUUGGGAAUGACCUUGAACAGUGUAGCAUUAGAUAUAUGUAAUUUGGCGUAUAGUAAACCUGGAUUACGAGAUGAGCUUUACAUUCAGAUUUGUCGACAAACUACAGAAAAUCCACGCAGAGAAAGCUUACGUCGUGGUUGGGAACUUAUGGCAAUUUGCUUGGCAUUCUUUCCUCCUUCUCCAAAGUUCCAAUCCUACCUGGACAGUUAUAUGAAUCGACAUCGUGAUCCAAGUUUUGAUUUCCCAGAAGUAGGAAAGUGGCCAAUUCAUGUUCAAGUGAGCCAUUAUGCCACUGUCAGUUGUAAGCGUCUGGAACGCAUAGGUGUAACAGGCAAAAAAUCACCCCGGAAACCUACCAUAGAUGAGAUUGAACAAGCAAGGUUGCAGAUUUUCCGGCCGAGCAUGUUUGGAAGUACAUUACAGGAAGUCAUGGCUUUACAAAAAGACAGGUAUCCCCAUCGUAAGCUACCCUGGGUACAAACUACACUUUCAGAGGAAGUCCUCAAAUUGCAAGGGGCACAGACUGAAGGAAUCUUCAGGGUGUCUGCUGAUAUGGAUGAAGUCAAUAACUUGAAGUCUCGGAUUGAUCAUUGGGAGAUCCCCACAGAUACAACUGAUGGACAUGCUCCUGCAUCCUUACUGAAACUGUGGUAUCGGGAACUGUAUGAACCUCUUAUACCAGAUUCAAUGUAUAAUGACUGUGUGAAUCAUCAUGCUGACCCAGAUAAAUCAAUUGCAAUUGUUAAUAAGCUUCCUGAAUUGAAUCGCCUAGUCUUGUGCUAUCUCAUUCGUUUUCUUCAGAUCUUUGCACGAACAGAAGUAGUACAAAUCACCAAAAUGGAUGCAAGUAACCUUGCAAUGGUAAUGGCGCCCAAUUGUUUACGAUGUACUUCAGAAGAUCCUCGAAUUAUUUUUGAGAAUGCUCGUAAAGAAAUGGGUUUUAUUCGCACAUUGAUUCAGAGUUUGGAUACCAGUUUUAUGGAAGGUGUAUACUGAAAAAAAUGUUAAAAUUUUCUUUUAAUCAGGUACUGAUGAAACUGAAAGUAGUACCGUGACUCAAUUUUAUAUUGUAUAUGGUAAGAAUGUUAUACUGGUAGUUAAAACUGCCUGGUGAUUGAAGUUUUAUGCUGCUCAUGAAAUCCAUAUUCUCUAUGAGCUCUGUGAUCUGAUUUGACUGUACUAAAUCAUUUCAGAAAGGUAAGUUACCUUUUUAUCUGGGAAUGCAUAAUUCUAUGAAUUAUGUUAUUUGAAAGGUCUAUUAUGUACCCGUGAAGGUGAAUUUGGAAUGUUCAUCAUUACAAUUGUCAGAAAUUACAGCUCUCAAAGACAUUGCAGCUAGUCAAAUCAAGAUGUAUAUAUUAUAGCAUCACCAAUUUUCAAGUGAAGAGAGAAUGUGCAAAGCAAUUUUUUUUUUCUAGUAUCAUGCAGCAUGCAGUGCAGUAACACACUGAUGCUAAGUUAUUUAUUUAUUCAUCCAUUUCAAUUCUGCCAAUAUUUAUAGAUAUGUUUUCCUUUUUAAGGUAAUGGUUUUUUUAUAGUUAGUGUAAUGCACUUGAAAAGAUUGCAAAGGCAUACCAGAAAUGAUUGGUUUCACAGACUAUAACCUGUGAGUGAGGCUUUGUAUUUCUUAUGAUAAGCACAGAUGAUAUUUUAAUGUUAUGUUGCAGUAAGAAUAUUUGAUCUAUAUUUUUAUUAUGGCCUUUUAGUGUCCAUAAGAAUGUGAAUAAAUUAUUCAAAACAAUUUGUUGCCAUAAUUGCAUCUGCACUUGACUGAGUUCUAGUGUAAUUGGAGGAAGAAAAAAGGGGUACAUGCCAAUACCAAAGUCAAGUAUUCCAUAUGGUUGUAAAAUGAAACAUAAUUGCAUAAUGUAUGAGUGAGUGAAAUUUGUAAAAUGUAUCUGAACUAUGCAUGUUCCUGAGGAAAUUUUGAACAAAAAUGGCAUCAAGUCAUCUCGCAAAGUAGAGAGUUGAUUUGUUAAUGGUACUAUUAUUAUAUGUUCAUCAUUGAAAAAUGAAAGGUUAAAUGUUAACCUUAUGUAAAUGCAGGUUAAAAAACCUGAAAAUUAAUGUUUUUUCUUGCCAAAAAUUAUAUGCAAGUUGAUGAGAGAGCAUUGUCUCUACAGUUACAUGUUGAAAAUUCUAAAUUUGUCUGUUUUGUGCAGUGUUAAAAUUAUGAGAGUUUUUCUUAUUUUACUCAUAUUUUCUUGUGUUUCUGCAUAGAAACAUUUUUGAAGUCAUUAAUUUAUUUUUGUAAGAGCUUAAUUGUUUUAUGGAAGAAAGAUUCAACAAUUUAUGAUGUACAAUUUGUACUCUUGUAUCUUUAUUUUACUAAGAUUUUUGACUUUUUUUAUUAUUGCAUUGAGUAUUGAGGGGAAUAAUUAAAAAAGUCACUGAUUUUAUAACUGGUUUAAUUGUUCACAUAUUUAAUCAUUCCAAAAUAGACUGAUUGAUGAAUUUCAUUUUUGGCAUAUUAUUGGUAAACAAAAUUUGUCUAGUUUAAAUUAUAAAUUUGAAGGAAUUAACAAAACGUUUUAAUUUUUUUUUGUUGUGUGUCUAAGUAUGAAAGGCUGUUCUCUGGUAUUAAAUAGGCAUAUAAGUUACUUUUCUUUCACACCUGUUAGUUAUGAACGUAUAUAAAAAUUGUUUAUGCUUAAUUGAAAGUGUAGAGAUAAAGCAAGACCUAGAACAUUUGGUCUUUCAACAUUUUGGGGGACUUAAUAAAUCUUCAUGCCAGCAUAACUACCAUUAAGUAAUAUAUUUUUUGAUAUUUUUGUUUAUUUUUUUAACUUUCAAAUACAUUUAAUGUAUUUGUUUACACAAAAAAAUUGCCAAAUCCAUUCUGCAGGUACGCAGAAAUGUAAUUUAGAUUUUAUCUUCUGCUCUCUCUCUCAUCUCAGAGACAGCAGAUAUAUGCAAGAAUAUGUGGGUGGCUAGCAUUAUGAAAUAAUGCUUAUCUGGGGGCUCAAAUGUGUCAGAAUGUUUUAAGUCCUGUGUAAAUAUUAAGAGAUAGUACUUUCUUUCCAAUAUUCAGAAGUUGGGACUGAAACUUUCCAUGAGCUCGAAAUGGUCAAUGUACAUAAUGUGAGCCUGAGCUGUCAACUAUUGUUAUAAAUACUUUUCUCAAUUUAUAUCAGAAAGCAAUAUGUACAAUAAUAUAAGUGUAGAAUAGUAAUUAAAGAUUGUGACUGAUAAUAGUGUGUCUAUGUAUAUCUUAAUGUAUAUAUAUCCAUGAUCAUAUGCACUUCCAUAGUCUUAAGAAUUAAGUUCAGUGUUAAAUUUGUAUUCUUUCACAAUACAAAUGACUCGUAUAUUGUAUACUUUGUGGAAAUAUUUAUAAUAAUUUGCUUUUGCAUUUAAAACUCUUCAAAGCUCAACUAGAGUGGUACUACACUGUAUGUUGAAUGAUUUUUGUUUUUGUACAUAAUGGCAGAAAUGGCGAAACUACUUAUGCACAAAUUAAACUAGUGAGAAUUGAAUACAGUUUAUGUUGUGUAAGUACAAUUCUGCUUCUUAAUGAAGCAACUUUCCCAGUGAACUUCUGAUAAUCAUAGAUGUCAAUAUACAUUAAUGCGAAAGGUGUGUGCAUCGAGUUUUGAUGAGCUUCCAGAGAUAUACUUAGAUAUUGAGAGAAUGGAGUGUUGCUUAAAUUACUAGUCCUGUUAUGUGACAAAUUUGAAAAUGCACUUUAAUUUAAGCAGGUGUGCUACAUCAGGGUCAGCAACCAUACACCAUAGAACACUCACAAGAGUCUCAAUAAUCUCAUUAUACCAAGUAAAUCCAUAAUUUAUUAGUGAAAUCUUUUGUUAGAAAAUUGUCAUUUAAUUAUCACUUAAAAAUCUUUCAUUCAGAAAGAUAUUUUGAACAUUUAAAAUAUACACAAAUGACAUAAUCAUUUUACUUAUUUUGUAAGAAAAAGAAAUGAAAGAAGCACACUUCUUUCCAUGACAUUCUAGACUGAUCAGAUUAGAUUAUUAGGUUUAAGAGUCCUGCCAUUAUUUUUUAAAGGUUUACAUCUUUGUUUUAAUGUAUUAUGAUUGCUUUACGUUCUUUGAGUGACAAAGUAAAUAAAUGAAAUUAUUUAAUUUUGUUGACUUAUUAGUAAUUUUGACUUUUGCAUUGUUUUGGUUGUCGAUCCCUGAUCUCUUGCUCGACUUGCCUCUUGUUUACACAUUUAUUUUCCUUUAACAAUGUUGAAGCAUCAAUAAUUAAUAUUUAUUAGUAAUAUUAUUUGUACAUUUUGAAUACCUAAUGCAUAAGAGCAUGAAAAUCCAUUUCAUUCAUCAUUUAUUAAAAGAAUGAAGCGAAUAUAUAUAUUUGCAGAUUUAAAGUUUAACCUCUAUGGUCUCGAAUAUUUUUCCUGAAUGUAUUUAAUGUGUGAGAAUUUAUAUUUAUUUAUAAGGCAUGCGGAUUUUAUAGAAACGUAAGUUACGCAAGAGCAAUAUUGAUUUUAAUUUGAACAAAUACCAAAUACACUUAAAGAAAGGUUCAAUUUACAAAUGUCAGUUUACUGCUAGACAUAAUGAAAUAUUAAUUCCACUUAAUGCAGCUGCCACAAUCUUUUAUGCAUUAAAAAAUAUGUUAGAGCUAAAAGGAUUUUGUUAUUUUUAUAGUUGCCUGGGUGGAAUAAAAAUAGAACCUCCCCACUUUUUGGAAACAUUUUUGUUAUUGUUUCUGCUUCCUAUGAUUUUUGCCAAAUUUUUGUUAAUUUAUGUAAAGAUGGGACUGUUGCACAGAAUGAAGUAGUUUGUAUGGGAUAAUGUAUAUAUUUGUGCCUAAAAUAUAAUAUGUAUUUACUUAAUGAAUUCUGCUUAUUGUAUGUUUGGGAAAGAUUGUAUGUGAAACAUACAAAUAGAUGUUGUAAGGUUGUGUUGGUCUGACUAGUUGACAGACAUGCUAGAUAUCUAUCUGUCAAAAUUAUCUCAGCCAUACUUUGUGUUGUUUGUAUAUCAGAAUUGAUCAAUAAUAAUGGUGCUUUAAAUCUAAGGUUCCCUUAGUUUAGAAUACAAUUUUCCAAAAUGUAUAUUAAUGAUUGUUACGGACAAGGUGGAAGUGACUGAUGGACUAAAUGAUUCUGAUCUAAUUUGUUUCUGAAGAGAUGAAGUGCAUUUAAGUAUGUCUCAACAGAGUACAUAGGGAUAAACAAUGAAGAGCAGAUUGUAUUAGUUUUAGAUGGCAUCUGUUUUGUGACAUUGGUCAAAAUAAUUUUAAGACCUGUAUAUUAUUCUUUUUUUAUUACACUUGGGACUUGAAUAAUCAAGAUUAUCAUUACUACCAUUAUUUCUCAAUGUAUUAAUUGGUCAUUGCCAACCAAUUAAUAAAAACAUACCAGCAGUAAUUCAAUUGUGCCUACACAAAGUGGAGGAAAACUCAAUAGCUUGUAGGAAAGUAUUUACCUUUCUUUACGGUUUCAUUUGUGAAUAUUUUGUCAAAUAUGGCAUCAGGGAAAUAAAUGAAUUUCAAUUAACUGUAAAACUACUGAAAUAAGUUUUGAAAGCCAUUUUGUCAAUUUGGUGGAUCCAAGAGGCUUAUGAAAUUUUCAUGUAUUUGUACAGAUGCAAAAUUGCACACAUCAGCAAUGAAAAUAAUUAUUCUCUUGAGAAGUUGUUUGACAAGGUCUGAAUACAGAAAUGUAAAUAGGGAAACAUAUGGUGACUAGCUGGGCUCAUAUUGUUUCUGCAGUCUCUUACUUGUGAAGACACAGAACAGUAUGUGCCAAUUUGGUAAUUGUUAUAUAUUUUUAAGACAGUGCUGUAAAAAUUUGCACUUGUGUUCUUGCAAUAUUUACUGUUGCACAAUUUCACGAGGAAAAUGUUUUAUUACAAAUGGAUGCAGGUUAAAGGCUAUUUGAGAGGUCAAUUCCCUGCAUGGAGAAAAAGCAUGAUUUAAUUCAUAACAGGCUUGCUGAUCAGAUGCUCUUCCAUAGUAGAAGCUGGGAACCAAGAAACUUGUUUUUUAAUAUUGUCAGUCUUAAAUUUGAUUUGCUUGUACGUAUCUUUUUUUGAUCAAAAGUUGUAGUGUUUUACCAGACUUAGGAAAAGCAUUUAUUGGAAAACAAAAAAGGGCUGUAGUUGUGUUCUUGCAUUUCUGAGUACUUCAACAUCAAUUCAUUUUGCUUUUCGUUACAAAAUAUUUCUUUGAAGAUUCUGUCCUAUUCCAAUUGAGCAACUGAUAUGACAAAUGCUACUGUGGAGAUCAUUCUUUUAGAAAUAGGAACUAGUUUUAUAAUCUGUCAGACAAAGGGUGCUGUGGUAUUUUAUUUAAAAUUAUUUUAUCUGAUCAGAAAGUGACAAAGUGGUCUUAAAGAGAGUACUGAAGAAUUGUUUAGUUCUUGACUGUGUACAUACUUUUUGAAAAGCUACCAAUGCCAAAGGUCUCAAAAUCAUGUACAGUUGUUGAUGUAUGGUGUAAUGGUAAAUUGCAUGUACAAAGGUUUUGUUUUUAUUUUCUUUAAUAUGAAAUAUCAUUUUAUAGUUUUACACUUUUCUAGUGUACAGUUCAUAAUUAUUCUGAUGUGUUGUCUUGUUUUAACAGUCAUAUCUUGUAGGAUUAAUGAAUAAUUUUAAUGGAUGUAUGAAAGGUGGUUUUUGAGAAGUAACUUCUUGAACAGCAUAUCUAUAGUACAGUGUACUGCUUCUGUGUUGCUAUCUGUAAUAACUGUUGUGUUCUAACCAGUUAACAGAUAACCUUAUGCCUGUGUUUUGUGCCAGCUGAUUUUUAUGAAAUAGCUUCAGUCAAAUUUUGGAAUGUAUGCUAAUAUUGUCAGUGUUGCAAUUCAUUUGAUUGACUACUGUUUUAACUAAGAAACCAAGUGUUCAUAACUUGAAUAAAAUGGAUGAGAAUGAUUAUCAAUUAAUAUGCAGUAUUUUUCAUAUAACUCAGCAAACCUUUUAUGUUUCUGAUGCAACAAUAAAAUUAUGUAGCAAAUUUUGAUUCAAAUGUAACAUUUCUUUAUCAAACAGAAUAAAUUUACACAAAGACAAACUAGAAAGAGGCAUAAUUUAAUUUAACAAUAAUAAGUUGACUAUUUGGUUUGAUACGUAGCUGUAAUGUGCUUUCUUAACGAUGUUUUAAGUUUGAAUUUCCUAAUAACCGACCUGUUUUGACAAGCUUUUCUACCUAAAACCUAUUCCUAUUUACUUUGAGUUACCUGAAAGGGCAAGUUUUCUUGUUGUUUUAAAUACAAACUAUUACACACCACAAACACAAAGGGUUGCUGACUAUAUCCUGGCGAGACUGACUGAAUUCCACGCUAUCUUUUCAUUACAUUUGGACCUUCCAAAAAAAAAAUAUAUAAGAAACUAAAACAUGAAUUUAGCAUAUUAAUAUUACAAUAACUAGUUUUAAUUGGCACAUUUUCAAAUACCUUUAAAGUAUAUAUACAAUUUUGCAACAAAUAUAUAUUUAAGAUAUUUCAUGGGAUUUACAAUAUUUUCAAUUUAUGUUUUUUCUCUCACCAACAUAAUGACGUGACCAAUAAAAAGAUUAUCAAAAAUGUUCAUUGAUAUUUAACACCAACAAUUAAGCUAUUCUUUGGGGACAAUACUGAACAUUCUCCAUGAUUAUACGAAAAGGGAUACAUGAUCGAAUUGAGGCACCAGGUUUAGAAAAUCAUUGCGUGACAAACAUUUUAAUUCUCUAUAUAUUUUUUCCCCUACAACUACUAUGACCUAUGUUUCUAUCAUCACAUUAAAGCUUCCCAUGUUAUGCAAUUUCAAUGCAAAUAAGUUAAGCACAAGGAUAAAUACUGUAAGUUAUCAAUUUGACAAAAAUAGUAAAGAGCAACAUAAUAGAUUUAUUGUAUAUAAGACCAAAUAUUUUUUUCUUAAGCCCCAUCAUAUGACUCUCCAGUUCAUUGUUUUUCACACUUUAAAACAGUAGGCAAAUUUUUGCUUCUUUUCUUACCAAAAAAUUGGGUUACAUGAUGUAUGAUGAAGCAGAAUAAACAGAUUCCUGAAGCUGCCUUCAUAAUGCACAUAAAAAAGUCGUUAACAUUUUAUAUUGAAAAUAAAUGUAAAUCUUAACCCAAUUCUUUACCCCAGAGUUGAACCAUCAUUAGUGACUUUUUUGUACUUCACGUUUUUUAAUACAGUUGACAUGAUAAUCUGUGCAAGGGUAAAGUGUAAUAAUCACAUGUGAUAGGUUAAAUAAACUCAUCAGAUGAUUCUUUUUGUUCUGUAAUUCUUUUUAAUGUCACUUACAGUUAGAAAAAAUUAUCUGAAACUGUCACAAAUACAGAUACCUGAUCUAGUACAACAUAUUCAUCUUUCUUUUGUGAUGCAAUUCCUGCAAUAAGCUUCUCAAGCACAAGUCUGCUCUCAGAGAAUGCAGUACUCAAACAAAAUUACAAGUAGUGUAAAAAAAUAUGUUAAUCUCAUUAAAAUUUAUUUAGGACCUUUUUCUCUUAGUCUUUUCACAAAAGAGACACAUGACUUAUUGUGGAUUCCAUACUUUUCCAACAAUGACAAAUCAUCUUUCAACUUCUGGCCCUCAAAACAAAGAUAAUUUGUCUUCCAAACAUAUCUCCAACUUAUUUUUACAGUGGAUCUCUCCCUGGCUAACUUUAAGGCAAAGUACCUUUGUAAUGCAUGUUUGAGAUCUAAUACUCGAGCUCCUCUUUGUCGAACCUAAACCCAAAGAAAGUGUGAAAGGUGGCGACAAUAGGAUCUCCUUGUUGGAACCAAGCCUAUUACACAUAGGACUGGGCAUACCUGAACCCCCUACUAUUAAGUUCAUGAAGUAGAGUAAAGAACCAUACCACCACAGGAAUUUCUUCCCCAGCUUCCCUUUUCACAUAUAUUGUGAUUGACUGGCCAUGCUGUAGAGCUAUUUGUUCCUUAACUUCUUCUACAGUAACACCCUUUGGUAAAUCACUUAACAGGGGAUCCUUUUUUAUAAUGUCAUUGAGAAUGGUUGCAGACACUUCCAAUAUUUCCUCAUGACUCAGAUUUUCAUGAUCACUGCCUGAAUCAGAAGCUGCAUUAUCCGUCAUUGUGUGAAUGAAAUAAAAGUUAUUGAUCUGCUAAUUAUUUAAAUUUAGUUAUAACACGAAUCUGUAGCCAGCUAAGAAAAAACACCAUUGUAUAGGGUGAUUUGUAUAUAGUUCCCUUCUCUCAAGCCCCGUCUUCACCAGAACUUCACGAUGAAAUCUGGAUGGGAAUCCCAUCAUGGGAUACGUCACGGCAUUUCGCGUUCUUCUCGGUCAUGCCGUACGAUGUCGCAUGAUCGCCACUGACGAUUCGCCAGCACUGCUCGAUGCGGUUGCGAUCAGAUCCGACCUUUUCAAAUGAGAGAAUUUGGAAACUUAUAAGGCUAAAUCAGUCCAAAGGGAAACGUUCGCGCGCUUCGUAGAGGGUUGGGACCAG